CGGGGUGGCUGAGAGCAGCACACUCGAGCUGUGACCGCCGCACAGUCAACAACUGCCUUCGUUACUCUCCUCUGAAUAAGCCAACUUUUAAUCACAAGACGCAUUCCAAACAUGCACGGAUACCGAACCUACAACAUGGAGAGCCACCAUGCCCACCACGACGCCAGUCCCGUGGACCAGAAGCCCCUGGUUGUGGACCUCUUGGCCACCCAGUACGGCAAGCCCCAGACACCGCCUCCCUCGCCAAAUGAAUGCCUAUCCAGUCCGGAUAACUCCUUGAACGGCAGCCGCGGCUCGGAGAUUCCCGCCGACCCGUCGGUCCGCCGCUACCGCACCGCCUUCACCCGUGACCAGCUGGGUCGCUUGGAGAAGGAGUUCUACAAGGAGAACUACGUGUCCCGUCCCCGUCGCUGCGAACUGGCCGCCCAACUGAACCUCCCGGAGAGCACGAUCAAGGUGUGGUUCCAGAACCGCCGCAUGAAGGACAAGCGCCAGAGGAUCGCCGUUGCCUGGCCCUACGCAGCCGUCUACUCCGACCCCGCCUUCGCCGCCUCCAUCCUCCAGGCCGCCGCCAACAGCGUGGGCAUGCCCUAUCCGCCCUACGCCCCCGCCGCUGCCGCCGCUGCUGCCGCCGCCGCUGCCGUGGCCACCAAUCCCAUGAUGGCCACCGGAAUGCCUCCGAUGGGCAUGCCCCAGAUGCCCACGAUGCAAAUGCCCGGACACUCGGGACAUGCUGGCCAUCCCUCGCCCUACGGACAGUACCGCUACACGCCCUACCACAUCCCCGCCCGCCCGGCGCCGCCACAUCCCGCUGGCCCUCAUAUGCACCAUCCGCACAUGAUGGGAUCCAGCUCCACGGGAUCGUCGUACUCCGCCGGUGCCGCCGGCCUUUUGGGCGCCCUGCCCUCCGCCUCCUGCUACACCGGACUGGGUGUGGGUGUGCCCAAGACCCAGACGCCGCCGCUGGAUCUGCAGUCGUCCUCAUCGCCGCACUCCUCCACGCUGUCGCUCUCGCCAGUGGGAUCCGAUCACGCCAAGGUGUUCGACCGCAGUCCAGUGGCUCACUCAGCUCCAUCAGUUCCUGCUCCCGCUCCGCUGACUACCACCAGCCCGCUGCCCGCUCCCGGCCUCCUGAUGCCCAGUGCCAAGCGGCCCGCCUCCGACAUGUCGCCGCCGCCGACGACAACCGUGAUUGCGGAGCCCAAGCCGAAGCUCUUCAAGCCCUACAAGACUGAGGCGUAAGCCCGCGAUCCACAUCCCCAUCCUGCUCCCCCAAAGAUUGUACAAACUAGUCUUAGUCUGCCCCAUCUAUUUAUUCCCGAAGAUUGUACAGAUUGUAGAGUAGAUAAUUGUAGUCAUAAUUAAGGCGCAAAAUCAAAUUAAGAAAUAAAUGCGAAAAUAACAUUGAAAAUUA